GCGGCGCGGCCGUCACUCGGGCCGGCAUGGCGGUGUGCGCUCGCCUCUGCGGCGUUGGCCCGUCGCGGGGAUGCCGGCGCCGCCAGCAGCGGCGGGGCCCGGCUGAGACGGCGGCGGCUGAUAGCGAGCCGGACACGGACCCGGAGGAAGAAUGCAUCGAGGCGGGCGCGGCGGCGCUGUCCGGGGCGGGGGGCGGCCGGAGCGCGGGCCCCUCGCCGCCCCCGCGCUGCUCGCUGCUGGAGCUGCCGCCCGAGCUGCUGGUGGAGAUCUUCGCCUCGCUGCCCGGCACCGACCUGCCCAGCCUGGCCCAGGUCUGCACCAAGUUCCGGCGCAUCCUGCACACCGACACCAUCUGGAGGCGGCGCUGCCGGGAGGAGUAUGGCGUUUGUGAAAACUUGCGGAAGCUGGAGAUCACGGGUGUGUCUUGUCGAGACGUAUAUGCGAAGCGUAUAAACCCGCGCGUCAAGUCGGGACGGUUCAUGAAAAUUCUGCCCGAUUACGAGCACAUGGAGUACAGAGAUGUGUACACCUGCCUGCUUCACCGGUACAGACACAUUUUGGGCCUGUGGCAGCCAGACAUCGGGCCGUACGGAGGACUGCUGAACGUGGUGGUGGACGGCUUGUUCAUCAUUGGCUGGAUGUACCUGCCUCCCCACGAUCCUCAUGUGAAUGACCCAAUGCGAUUCAAGCCCUUGUUUAGAAUCCACCUGAUGGAGAGGAAGUCGGCCACGGUGGAAUGCAUGUACGGCCACAGGGGGCCCCACAACGGCCACAUCCAGAUUGUGAAGAAGGACGAGUUCUCCACCAAGUGCAACCAGACAGAUCACCACAGGAUGUCUGGCGGGAGGCAAGAGGAAUUCCGAACGUGGCUAAGGGAAGAAUGGGGACGGACACUGGAGGACAUUUUCCACGAGCACAUGCAGGAGCUCAUCCUGAUGAAGUUCAUCUACACCAGUCAGUAUGACAACUGCCUGACCUACCGCCGCAUCUACCUCCCGCCCAGCCACCCGGACGACCUCAUCAGGCCUGGCCUCUUCAAAGGCACCUACGGCAGCCAUGGCCUGGAGAUUGUCAUGCUCAGCUUCCAUGGGAAGCAUGCCAGGGGCACGAAGAUCACGGGUGACCCCAACAUCCCUGCUGGGCAGCAGACGGUGGAGAUUGACCUCAUGCACCGCAUCCAGCUGCCCGACGUUGAGAACCUCCGCAAUUUCAAUGAGCUCUCCCGCAUCGUCCUGGAAGUCCGUGAGCAGGUGCGCCAGGAGCAGCAGCAGCAGGAAGACGGGCCUGAGGAUGCUGAGGGCUGCAGCCGGCAAAGCCCCCAAGAGCCCCAGCGGGGCCCUGCCCAGCCCACUGUGGAGCCGCCCGCUGAGAAAGGCAGCGAGCCCGGGGAUGGAGGCGCCGCAGCUGCGGCUGAGCAGCCCGUCGAGUCUGGGCAGGGGCAGCCAUUUGUGCUGCCUCUGGGGGUGAGCUCGAGGAACGAGGACUAUCCCCGCACCUGCAGGAUGUGUUUCUAUGGCACAGGCCUCAUCGCUGGCCAUGGCUUCACCAGCCCUGAGCGUACCCCUGGGGUUUUCAUCCUGUUCGACGAGGACCGCUUUGGCUUCAUCUGGCUGGAGCUAAAAUCCUUCAGCCUGUACAGCAGGGUCCAGGCCACCUUCCGGAACGCAGACGCACCGUCCCCACAGGCGUUUGAGGAGAUGCUCAAGAACAUUCAGUCCCUCACCUCCUGACGGCCCCCUCCCCUGCCGGGGUGCUCCUGGGGCUCCGGCCCCUGCGACCUGGCAAAGCAGCAGCAUGCACUUCGGACAUCUGGCCUUGGACCAGAACACCCACCUUCUCAUAGGGGUCACGGCCCAGCCCCCCGGGAUGCUUUCUAUAGAGUGUGCAACCCAGGCCUGUAUAGUUGUCAGUAGCUGAUGGGAAAGCUGAGCAUGUCUUAUAAAAAAAAAAAAGAACAAGAACAAAACUGAUUUUGAGGCCAGCUGCAGGGCGUGUAAAUAACUGAACUGGAGAAACUGGGUUUGUCCUUGGCCUGCUGGCAGUUUUCUAGGGAAAACAAAAUCCUCCUUCAGGGGAGUUCAUGAGUAACAGAGUCUCUUGCUGUGGGCUGACAUAAGGGGGUCCUCUCACAGGAAGCGAGUGAAAGGGGCCAUGGGCCUGCGAGAGACUGGGGUGAGGGCCUCGGACAGGUGAACUUUGCUGCAGCCCGGCCAGGGUGGUGGGGGAGGCAGUGUGUGCAGAAAGGGAGCUCUGGGGGAGUGGGGGUGUCGGGUUUGGGACCCUGGACUGAAUUCCUGUUUCUCUACCGACUUGCUUGGAUUGUGGACAGAAGCACUUCACCCUGAGCUCAGUUUCCGAUUCAGUGAAAUGGGGCUAGUGACGUGGGUCACUAGAGAAUGUCACCGCAGGCCUGUGAGCAGCUUGGCGGCCUGCGGACACCAUCCUGGCCCUGGUCCCCGGGCAGCGCCUGUGCACCUGCCCCGGCCUCUCUCCAGCUUUAGAACCAAGACCUUCGCUGCAGCCACUUCCAGACAGGGCACUCGUGUCCACACCCUACCCCUCCUCCUGCCGCACCCUGAGCUGCAGCCACUUGUCCCAGAAGUGAGACGGCUACAUCUGAAAUGGCCCUGCAGUUAUUUACCCAGAUGCUGUCCUUGGAAGUGUGAAAGCAUCAGAAGUGGUUGCACAAGACGACUUUGAAGCCCCUUUGCAGGGGAGAGGGCAGCUUUCUAGAAAAGUCACACCGCACGCAGGGAGGCACACUUUGGACACCAGGACCUCUUGGGGACCCUUCUGCUGGCAUUGUGCCUGUGUUGUGCUGACCCCUGCAUUUGGGGACCCUUCUGAGGUCUCUACUGAUCUUGGUGUUUCCUGAAGAGCAGAGCCCUAAGUGCACGCAGGCCCCUGAGAGUUAGCUUCAGCUCUCCCUCCAGCGUGCAGACAGCCACCACCCGUCCACCGCCCAUGGCGUGGGGCUUCACUGGGGGCAGGGCAGACUUCAUCCCCCUCUCAGUUGCUCAUCCUUGUGGGGUGGACUGCACUGAGCCCUCAUACUGAGGGCGAGGGACCCCAGGGAAGGGGGGCGGCUUUGUGGUGCCUUCAUGUAGAGACCAGCCUCAGAUGUCCCAUGAAAUGUGUCCUGUUUUCUCGAUUAAUUUCUCCCUGACUGGCCUUUUUCUAAAAUAAAAAAUCCCCAUUGCCCUAGCUUCAGUGCAUUUGGCAACUUUGAACUUCCUCUGCUUCCUAGAAUCACAGAAUUGACAAGCUCUGAGGCCCAGCCCCUCAAAGGCAAGCUGGCCCUCCCAGGAGGGAGGUGAGUGGAGAAGGCUGGGUCCCUCCUGGGCAGCCACGGGAUGCGUCCACCUGGCGCUAUCAGCCAAGUCUCGUCAGAGAUGCUCGCCGCUCACCUCCCAUCCUUCUAACAGGACCUGCAGUCAGGUUGAGGUGUGAUCCCAGUUUCUCUUGCAGGACUGAGCCUAAAAGCAUUGUCAUCCCUCCCCUCUUGCAGUGUGACUGUUCUUCUCUCGUGCCAAGCAUGGCUGUCUCUGAACAGUGAUAACCAUGGCCAUGAAGCCUUCAGGAAAAUGAAAAUGAAAGACAGCUGGGUGUAGGCUGUUGCUCUCUGAGUUUCACCAUUGUUUAAAUAAAAUCAAGAAAAUGCAUAUUUUACCCAGAGCCUGAGGCUCACUCUAAGGGACCCCAUCUCCAUCUAGGGUCCCCUGUAGCUUUGUAAAGCGCACAUGAAUUAAAGAUGAGCACUUCUGAUUAAAAACCAAUCUCAAAUCUAAAUGAUGUAACCUGCCUCCAGUGUUUGGGCCUAUACAUGGUUUCCACUAAUAUGACUGGAAUAAUCCUGGGCUGUUGGCUGCGUCUACAUUGGCCCCUGUCUCUGGUGUCGAGUGGGGCCCCAGGGCCUGUGGGGUCUGUCCAGCUGGCAGUGGCCUGGGUGAGGGCUUGCACAGCGGUCAUCCAGAGUCCGUGCUAUUUCCCACUCUCACGUGCCCCUAGCCACCUCUAGUUCUCCAGCUCAGUAGGGAGUGUGCAGGUGCCAACCCAGCGCCACUGGCCUCCCUCUACGGCGGAAUAGACAGGCAGCUCAUCAGGGGAACUUCCAGUUAGUUCAUUUGGGUGAGAAAAGGAAAAGGCUGAAAGCAGUGAAGGCAGUGUGAUUUUGAUACAGACGUCUCAGUGAGGAACCGAAUGGCCCAGGUUAAGGACUGGCUUUGCCCGGUGGUGCCGACUGGGGAAGGUGGCAGUGGGCCUAGCAGCGUUUUGGAUGGUCUCCGUCGCUGGCACCACCUGCACUUGCCGCUUGGCUGCUGUGAGGUGGGGUCAGUGUCUGUGGGACGGAAGGGCCUCAGGUGCCUCUCCACAUACGGGACACACUCUGCUCUCUGCUGCUCGAUGGGCAGCGAUGUGAUUGGAGACUGACUGGAGGUUUCACACAGUCACUGGAGAGUCUUCUGUAUCGGGGCUGAGUGUUCACUGCAGGAGGCUGUUGCAGGGGACCUUUCUUCUCGGCCAGGGGCCGCAGGCCUGGCAGUGUCCGGUUACAUCUGCUCCCCGCCCCGGCCCAGACCCCCACUGCCUGCUGCUGACUGAACAGGGCUGGAGGCUUUGUGGUGGUGGAAUUGUUUCAGAAUCCUUCCUUCCUCAGUCCAGACUGGGACCUCCCUUCCUGGCCGUCCCUCUGUCUGGUCUGCUGGCUCCCUGUGGCUGCCCUGCUCCUUCUCUCCCGAACGCCCUGGCCCGACACCAGGCAGCUCAGUGCUGGUGCCUGCAGCCCUGGAAAGUCCUCCUGGCAAUGCGGAGGGUGGCAGAGCACACGCAGUGGUCUAACCCCAGCCAGAUGCAGGUGGCCUCCAUUCCCGCAUCAUGCAGAAGGAGCUCAGAGGCCGAGGUGGCAUGCCAGACUCCCUCCGAGGAUGCGGAGCCGUUCACUGCUGCAGCCCAGACAGCCGAACCCCCUCCUCAGCCAGCCAGUCCUCUCCGCCUGACACCACCGAGGGGCUGGUGUUCCAUUUGUGGGCUGCCCAGGUUUGCUCACACUGCCACUGUGAGGUCACUCUGUAGUGCUCGUGAGCAGUGACAGAGGUACAGAAACCUCGGUCCCCUUGUCAUUUGGUGGACUUGGUCACAGGAAUCUGAGAAUUUCUCGAGUUCCUUGUGACCACGCUGUCGGUACACACCUUGGUAUGUAGGAGAACCGAGCAACCUGAAAUCUGACUCAGUGCUUGGGGAGGGCGACCAUGUUAGUUUGGUACCCUCGUAUUCUCUUUGCCACUUUCAUGCUCUAACUCUUGAGGAUGCUGACAGGAGCCUUCUCACGUGACCCUCCUCUGGCUUGAGCAUAAAACACCCCAUUCAUGGUCAAUCCCGGUGUUAACAUAGCUACCUCUGUCCUUUUAUGGGAGAAGAUCUAGAAUGUGCUUUGACUCCACGUCCUGACAGUGUUUAGAGAGUAGAAACAAUGCCGUCAGUCUGCCUGAUAGUGUGACUGGGAACGAGAAGGUGGCAAAUGACUGGGCUAGCACUGGGUCAUCAGCCGCCUGCAGGCCAGCCUUCGGGGGGCAUGGGUGCUGGUGGGGCUCCAGCAGGAAGGCGGGCCCUCUUCUCAUCCUUCCCGUGCUCACAGGGAGGCCAGGCAAAACACACGAAGGGCUCAGAACCUUUUGCUUUUUCAGCCUAAUUUUACUUUUGGUUUUUAUUUGAGAUCAUAUAGCCAACUUGGCGAAGAAAAACAUUUAUGCUGUUUGAUCUUGAAACGCCAUGCCCUGGGAAGAGUCCUGGUCACUCAGUCAUCCACUGGGGUGUGCCGGGUGGGGCUGGGGCUGGGGAGGACUUGAGGAAGCAGCUGCUGUGAGCCGGGGCCCCGACACUGUCACUGGGCAUGGUCACAGGAAUGACUGUGCAGGGUUGUUUCUCCAUAAAUCAGUUUUUGAAACCUU